AAACUGGCUGACAGGUAUAUCGGCCAUUGCCUCAGCAUCACUCAUUCCUGACCCUCCAUCGCGAUCGGGAAGGCACCAGCGCAAGGACCCCGACGCAUCCCACUCAUUUCGUUCACCUACCGUACCAGAGGCCCAGAGGAACGCGGUCUUGGCGGGACAGGGGACUGACGCGACACGAUAGCGCAUCUCAACAUGUCCGACAAGAAGAACGACGACUAUGUCGUGCCGAUGCCCGGCCAGGCCUACGAGCUCGGGCGCGCACCGGGCGAGGCCUCGUCGCACCGCCCGGUGAGCCAGCCCGGCGAGAGGCAGCCAGCCCCGGCGUCCAGCUUGGUCAACAGCCCGACGGCCUCCAUCCUGGGUUACUGUCUGGCCUCCAUCUCCAUGACGGUAGUCAACAAGUACAUCGUGUCCGGGGACCAGUGGAAUCUCAUGUUCUUGUACCUGGCCAUUCAGUCCGUUGUGUGUAUCAUCGCUGUCCUGGCGUGUCAGCAGAUGAGGCUGCUCAAUUUGGAGCGCUUUGAUAUUGAGCAAGCCAAGAAGUGGUUCCCUAUCUCUAUCCUGCUAGUCGCUCAGAUAUACACGGGCGGCAAGGCUCUGCAAUUCCUUUCCGUGCCAGUGUUUACUAUUUUCAAGAACCUGACUAUCAUCGUGAUCGCUUAUGGAGAGGUGCUCCUUUCUGGCGGAAAGGUCACCCCGCUGGUUCUCUUCUCGUUCGGCCUGAUGGUAUUCAGCUCCAUGGUUGCUGCAUGGGCCGACAUCAAGGCGGCCACGAGCCUGGACAGCCACCCGUCCGAGACCUCGGACGCACUCAAGACGCUGAAUUCAGGGUACGCGUGGAUGUUUGCGAAUGUCUUCAGCCAGGCCGCGUACGUCCUCGGGCGAGGACGGAUGAUCAGGAAGCUGAAGACCAAGGACUGGGACACCACCUUCUACAACAAUCUCCUCAGCAUCCCGGUGCUAAUAAUAUGCUCCCUCCUGGUCGAGGACUGGUCCUCCGCGAACCUCGCGAGGAACUUCCCCGAGGAGACGCGCCGCAGCCUCGUCAUCGGCAUGGUGUACUCGGGCCUCGGCGCCGUGGGCAUCUCGUACGCGAGCGCCUGGUGCCAGCGGGCGACGUCCUCGACGACCUACUCGAUGGUCGGGGCGCUCAACAAGCUCCCGCUCGCCAUCAGCGGCUUCAUCUUCUUCAACACGCCCGUCACGUUCGGAGGCGUGUCGGCGGUUUUUAUCGGGUUCUUGAGCGGGAUCGUCUACGCCUGGGCUAAGAUUUGGGAGAGGGAGCUGGCUAACAUGUCUUUGCCGACGGCUAAGUGAGACGUAGGUGGUGUAUAGAUUUGUGACUGAGUCGAAUUUCACGUGGUGCGUAUUAGAAUAGAUGGUGUUCCA